GAGACAGUCCGCUUAAAUGCAGCUUCAGGGCUGCAGGACACCCACCAGCAUUACUCCCCGUGCGAGGUGGCAAAUGCAACAUGCUCUCCAGCUUGGGGUGUCUACUUCUCUGUGGAAGUAUUGCACUAGCCCUGGGAAAUGCACAGAAAUUGCCAAAAGGUAAAAGGCCAAACCUGAAAGUCCACAUCAAUACCACGAGUGACUCCAUCCUCUUGAAGUUCCUACGUCCAAAUCCAAAUGUAAAACUGGAAGGUUUUCUCCUGGGUUAUGGCAGCAACUUGUCACCAAACCAGUACUUCCCUCUUCCAGCAGAAGGGAAACACACGGAGGCCGUGGUCGAUGCAGAACCGAAGUAUCUGAUUGUUGUGCGGCCUGCCCCUCCUCCAAGUCAAAAGAAGUCAUGCUCAGGUAAAGCACGCUCUCGCAAACCUCUCCAGCUGGUGGUCGGCACUCUGUCACCAAGCUCUGUAUUCCUGUCCUGGGGGUUCCUCAUUAACCCACACCAUGACUGGACAUUGCCGAGUCACUGUCCCAAUGACAGAUAUUAUACAAUUCGCUAUAGAGAAAAGGAUAAGGAGAAGAAAUGGGUUUUUCAACUCUGUCCAGCCACUGAAACAAUUGUGGAAAAUCUAAAACCCAACACAGUUUAUGAAUUUGGAGUGAAAGACAAUGUAGAAGGUGGAAUUUGGAGUAAGAUUUUCAAUCACAAGACUAUUGUUGGAAGUAAAAGCAAAGUCAAUGGGAAAAUCCAAAGUACCUAUGACCAAGCCCACACAGUGCCAGCAUAUGUCCCAAGGAAGCUAAUCCCAAUAACAGUCAUCAAACAAGUGAUUCAGAAUGUUACUCACAGGGCUUCAACUAAAUCCCCUGAUAAGACUCCCUUUGGAGGAACAAUAUUAGUCCACCUUAUUAUUCCAGGUCUCAAUGAAACCACUGUAAAGCUUCCUACAUCCAUAAUGCUUGAGAUUUCAGAUGCAAUCAAGACACAGUUAGCUAAGAAUGAAACGUUGGCAUUACCUGCUGAAUCUAAAACACCAGAAGUAGAAAAAAUCCCAGCACGGCCCGUAACAGUGACUCCUGAGUCAGUGCCAAGAACCACGAAACCUACUGUGUCUAGUGCAUUAGACUUUUCAGAAAAAACACUGGUUCUCAGCGAAAGGACCCCGGAAACACUGCAAACUAUUCUAAUACCUAGGUUUGAAUUGUCACUGAGCACUCUAGCUCCGAAAAGGCUUCCAGAAUUUCCUCAGGCAAAAACACCCUUCCCUUUUGAGAAACCUGGGGGCACCUUGGCUUCCAUUGAAAAGCCAUGGAUUGUGCCUACAAGUAAAAUAUAUGAAGAUUCCAAACCUCUCCCACCUCAAACUGCAACUUAUGUUUUCUCAAGCCCUACAACAUCAGAUGAGCCUGACAUAUCAGAACCCCAUACAGAAACAAGUGAUCCAUUUCUGGAUUCUGUCCCACCUAAAACUUCUAGAACUCUUGAACAGCCAAGGGCAACACUGGCUCCAAGUGAAACACCAUUUGUUCCUCAAAAACUGGAAAUCUUUACUAGUCCUGAAAUGCCACCUACAACACCUGCUACCCAGCAAACUACGUCUAUCCCUUCUACACCUAAACGACGCAUCAGGCCCAAAAAACCAAGAACCAAACCUGAAAGAACCACAAGUCCUGGAAUAAUUACAUCUAAAAUUCCUAAAAGCCCUGAACCUACAUGGACAACACUGGCUCCCAGUAAAACACAAUUUAUCUCUUUGAAACCUAAAAUUCCUCUCAUCCCAGAAGCGAUAGACACCAAACCUGCCCCAGAACCUCAGACUCUACCACCAUCACAGUCAACAAUAGGACCUGAAACUCCGGAAACCAAACCUUCAACAACAUUAGCUUCACCAAAGACCAAACGACCAGGUCGUCGCCCCCGCCCUAAAACCACACCUAGUCCAGAUGUGCCCAAGUCCAAACCUGCUCUGGAACCUGCUACGGUACAACCGGAGCUCUUGGUGCCCACAGUCGCAUCAAAACCAUCCAAAAGACCUAAAACCACACAUAGACCAGAUGCACCUCAAAUCCAGCCUGAUUCAAAACCACCAAAGCAAUUACUUCCUAAACCCCAAACCACAGCACAACCAGAUAUGCCACCAACUAAACCCGUCUUUGAUCCUGAUACAUUUGAGACUGAAGCUCCCUCCACAACCAUAGUUCCUGCUACAGACCUUGAACCCGUAACUCUGAGAACUGAAGCUCCCAGGACAACAUUGGCUCCAAAAACAACACAACGGACAAGAACACGUCGUCCACGUCCAAAACAUAAAACCACACAGAGCCCAGCGGUAUCUCAGACUAAACUAGCUACAACAACAAAGAGACCUCGUCGUCCACGCCCCAAAACUAAAACCACACCCCAUCCAGAAGUACCUCAGACCAAACUGGUUCCUACCACAGUCUUUGAACCAGUUUUUCUUAGAACCGAGGCUCCAGGGACAACACUAGCUCCCAAAGUACCUCACCAAACUCACCCUCCACAUCCCAAACUUAAAACCACAAGGAGUCCUGAAGCACUUGACACUGAGCUAGUUCCUGCUAUAAUCUUUGAACCAGUCACUCCUAUGAAAGAGACUCCAGGGACCACAUUUGUUCCUGUUACAGAUCUUGAACCUGUUACUGUUAGAACUGAGACAUCUGGGACAACAUUAGCUACCAAAAUGUCACAAAGACCCCGUCGUCCACGUCCCAGACCUAAAACCACACCGAGCUCUCAAGUACCUCAGACCAAAUCGGCUUCCAAAACAACACAACAGACACGCCGUCCACGUCCCAGACCAAAAACGACACCAAGUCUUGAAGUAUCUCAGUCCAAACCAGUUCCUACUUCAGACCUUGAACCUGUUACACCCAGAACUGAGACGUGGGUAACAACACAAGCUCCUAAGACAUCGAAACGAACCCGUCGUCCACGUCCCAAACCUAAAACUACACCAACUACUGAAGUACCUCAAACAAAACUGGGUAAAUUUCCCACUACAGAUCUUGAAGCUGGCACUCUCAGAACUAAAGCUCCAGAAAUCGUGGUUCUUCCUACAGCCCUUGAACCUGUCACUCUUAGAACCAAGGAUCCAGAAACAACAUUAGCUCCUAAAACAGCACAACGAACCCAUCGUCCACGUCCCAGACCUAAAACCACAUCAAGUCCUGAAGCACCUCAGACCAAACGGGUUCCUGCUACAAGCUUUGAACCUGUUAUUCAUAGUUCUGAGGCUCCAGAAUCAACAUUAGCUCCCACUGAACUGCAAACUCUUACUUUGAAACCAGUGACAUCACCAAGCCUAGAAAUGACACAGAGUCAACCUGUUUCUGAAGUCCUGGAAUUCAUUACAUUAAGCAUUGAGUCAUCAAAGGAAGCUAUAGCACCAACUGUAACAGAUUAUCUAUAUCCCUCUGCCAAAGCACCACUCAGUCCAGAGGAGCCAGAGACUGCAGUUGUGGAAUCUAUUACAAAUGUGUCUGAACCACCUGAGACCACGCUAGAGACAUCUCCUCUGCCUUUCCAAACUAUAAUCCUACCCAGCCCUGAUGAGCCUCCGACUGAACCGGCUCCCAAGCAGAUACCACGUGCUUCUCCCAAACCAAAAACAUCUCCACGUCCGAGAAUCCCACAAACACAGCCAGCUCGUAAGGUGCCUCAGCGUGUUACUUCAAAGCCAAAAACAUCACCAAGUCCAGAAGUGUCCUAUACUCCACCUGUUCCGAGAGAUGUGGUCCUUCCCCCUAAACCAGACCCUGAAGUCUCUCAGCGUGAACCUGUUCUGCAACCUGUUACCUUUAGAAUUGAUCCACCAGAGACAACAAUAGCUCCUUUAGAGACACGAGGCAGCCCUUUUAUACCUAUGAUCUCACCAAGUACUAGUCAGGAGGAACUGCAAAGCACUCUGGCAGAAACAGAACAGUCCACCCAAGAAUUCUUUACAACUAAGAUUCCACCAACAACUGAAUUGACAAGGACAACUCAGGCCCCACACAAAUUGUACACUACUCCUGUGAGGCCCAGAACACCUGAAAAAGCACACAUCAGACCCGUUCUGAAUAAGACAACUACAAGACCUAGUAGACUCAAACCCAGUGGGACGCCCAAAGGAAAUGGAAUGGGAGCUGGGGUCAAGCAAGCACCAAAGCCAUCAGGUGCUGGCAAAGAUGUGUCAGUGGACUCUACCCAUAUCACAAAAAAACCAGCCCCAAUCCCAGGCACUCGCCGCCCACCCUUGCCACCUAGACCUGUGCCCCCACGAAGAAAACCUUUACCACCAAAUAAUGUCACCGGGAAGCCAGGAAGUGCAGGAAUCAUUUCAUCAGGCCGAGUAACUUCUCCACCUCUGACUGCCACAUUCAGGCCUACUGAAGCCCCCUCAGAGAAAACAGAGACCGAUGAAAAGCAACCAACUGUUCCUGCCUCAGGAGAAGAUCUCGGUAAUGUAACUGACUUUAGCUCAAGUCCAACAAGAGAAACUGAUCCUCUUGGGAAGCCCAGAUUCAAAGGUCCUCAUGUGCGUUACAUCCAAAAACCGGACAACAGGCCCUGUUCCAUCACUGAUUCUGUCAAACGGUUCCCCAAAGAGGAUGCCACCGAGGGGAAUGCCACAAGCCCACCGCAGAACCCACCCACCAACCUCACUGUGGUCACUGUGGAAGGGUGUCCCUCAUUUGUCAUCCUUGACUGGGAAAAGCCACUAAAUGAUACUGUCACUGAAUAUGAAGUUAUAUCCAGAGAAAAUGGGUCAUUCAGCGGGAAGAACAAGUCCAUUCAAAUUACAAAUCAAACCUUCUCCACUGUAGAAAAUCUAAAACCAGAUACAAGCUAUGAAUUCCAGGUGAAACCCAAAAACCCACUUGGAGAAGGCCCAGCCAGCAACACGGUGGCAUUCAGUACUGAAUCAGCGGACCCAAGAGUCAGCGAGCCAGUUUCUGCAGGAAGAGAUGCCAUCUGGACCGAAAGACCCUUUAAUUCAGACUCUUACUCAGAAUGUAAGGGCAAACAGUAUGUCAAACGGACAUGGUAUAAAAAGUUUGUAGGGGUGCAGCUGUGCAACUCUCUCAGAUACAAGAUUUAUCUGAGUGACUCCCUCACAGGAAAAUUUUAUAACAUAGGCGAUCAGAGAGGCCAUGGAGAAGAUCACUGCCAGUUUGUGGAUUCGUUUUUGGAUGGCCGCACAGGACAGCAACUAACUUCUGACCAGUUACCCACCAAAGAAGGUUAUUUCAGAGCAGUUCGCCAGGAACCUGUCCAAUUUGGAGAAAUAGGUGGUCACACCCAAAUCAAUUAUGUCCAGUGGUAUGAAUGUGGGACCACAAUUCCUGGAAAAUGGUAGAUGCUGCAAUCAUGUUCAAAAGUGCCUUCUGUUCUAUCACGGCAAAAAACAAUUGGAAAUGCUAUAGUAUUUGUCACAUUCAUUUAAAGCUGUUAUGUUUACUAUGUAUUAAAGUUUAAUAGCAAUAGUAGAUGUUUAUUAGAUUGCUGAGAAUAUUUAUCAGGUUUUACAAAAUCAUUUUAAGAAAACAAGAUAUUAACAAUAACAUUUUUAGGGAAGCUGGCUCCCUAUUCAUGGUAUUUUAAGAGAUCAUUUGUAUAUUAUUUAUCACACUGUUGUAAUGAUGUUUUGAGAUACUUUUAUAACAAAUUUAACAUCAAAAACUAAUAUACUUUUUAAAAAAUAUUUACUUUUAUUAAAGUGUAUUCUUCUUACUGGUGAGUUAAUUCCAUAAAUCUCAACUUGGUUUAACUUAUUAGAUCAAAUUAUCUUUAGCAUUUGUAUCAGGGGAGGGGGAGGGUCCUAAUAUUCAUGUUUAUUUAAAGUUCAAACUUUUAGCAAUAGCUAAACAGCUUUUCUGAAGCAUUUCAGUAGUUAACCCUUCAUGCUGAUAAACAUUUCCUUAAAUCUUUGCAAAUUACUGAAAAUAUUGUUUGAAGCAGGAAAUUUGACUUCAGCUGCAAACUGAAUAUCUGACGUUCAAUUUCAAAACACUCAUUUUCUUUCUACCCAUAAAUGUGUUACAAUGUCUGAAUGUACUUUGUCAAACUGUCCCGUUAAGCAAUUGCCUUCAUAUUAUUUUUAAUAUAAUUCUAAUUAAGCUGUAUGUAGAGUCAAUGUGAAGUCUUCCCUACCAUUUUACAGGAUAUGUACUCUACUUUUAUACAUUAGACCUCUAUGCACGAAUGUAUCAGAUGAUGUUUUCAUAAUUUUGUCUAACUCAACCUGUAAUGAAAAUCUGUUUUAAAAAAGUCCUUCAUUUGGAGGAUAGGAGAAUGCUGCCUCGUUGCCCUUAUUCUGAAAGGACCUUUCCUCUGCUCUCCAUCAUGCUUCAAUUUUAUCAGUGCUGUUUUGUAUUUUUUAAGCAAGUAUAAACUGCAAUAAAGAGAUGUAGUUUUUUUAA